ACCUGUCUGGAGGCGUCUAGUCAACGCACACACUCAUGCUCCUGUUUCCACUUGUCAAUCACAGUCAAGUCAAAGUUCUUCACCUUUAAUGUUCUUCUACUCUUCUACUGGUCUCUAUUCGUCCCUCCAAUGCCCUUCAUCGAGCACGUCUCGGACCCGGACCUGGAGCGCCUGGCCCUGGACCGGGUGGUCCCGGCGCUGCUGGCCCACGGCUUCUGCGCCGUGGACGGGCUGCUCGGGCGGCCGGCCGGGGACGCGGUGCUGCGGCGGGUCACGGAGCUGCACCGGGCCGGCGCGCUGCAGGACGGCCGGCUGGCGGGCUCCGUGCCGGGGGUCCACCGGGCGAGGAGCAUCCGCGGGGACCAGAUCGCCUGGGUGGGCGGGUCGGAGCGCGGCUCUGAGGCCAUCGGCUUCCUGCUGGGCCGGAUCGAUAGGCUCGUGUCCGUGUGCGCGAGCCGGCUCGGGAGCAAGACGAUCCGCGAGAGGUCGAAGGCCAUGGUGGCGUGUUACCCGGGCAACGGGGCGGGUUACGUGAAACACGUGGAUAACCCGAACCGCGACGGCCGCUGCAUCACCUGCAUCUACUACCUCAACAAGGACUGGAGCGCCACGGAGCACGGCGGUGUCCUCAGGAUCUUUCCGGAGGGGAAGCCCUACGUGGCCGACGUGAAGCCGCUGUUCGACCGGCUGCUCUUAUUCUGGUCCGACCGCAGGAACCCCCACGAGGUCCAGCCCUCCUACGCCACCCGGUACGCCAUCACCGUCUGGUACUUUGACUCCGAGGAGAGAGCCGAGGCCAAGAGGCGCUUCAGGGCCGCCGCAGCGGCUCCCGGUGACGGCUCCUCCUCCUCGUCCUCCACUUCACCUAAGAUCCGACACCAAGACAAGAUUCUACCCAACUUUUAAACGGCUUUUCAAAAUAAAAGCUGAAAAGCAAAUAGAGAACAAAAGCAGAAGAAAUUUAGAAAUCUGCAUCCAUGCAUCAACAGUUUGUGCGUGUGGAAAAACAGCUGACUGAAACUUUAAGCUCCUCCUCCUCCAGAAGGAGUCGACCAAAGUUGAAGGUUUACAGAUGGAAGACGUGAAGCACAGGAAUGCUCUCAAAGAGGUUUACAUAUGUUUACUCUGGAAGGUCCAAUUCUUUGGUAUAUUAACUGAAAACCAGUGUGUCAAUUAAAAGUAAAAGUUUG